GUAGAGGAAACCGGUACAUGUUCUUUUGAGCUAGGAGAUCGGUUAUAUUUUGCUACUUUAAGGAAUAGACCAAAAAGCACAGUAAAUACCCACUAUUUCUCCAUCGAUGAGGAGCUGGUCUAUGAAAAUUUUUAUGCAGAUUUUGGACCUCUGAACUUGGCAAUGGUGUACAGAUACUGCUGUAAACUAAACAAGAAACUGAAACCAAAGAAAAUUUUCAAGAAUAUCCCUUUCCUGGGAAAGUUGGAGUCAUACAGUUUAUCAAGAAAGAAAAUAGUGCACUACACCUGUUUUGAUCAACGGAAAAGAGCAAAUGCAGCAUUUUUAAUAGGUGCUUAUGCUGUAAUCUACUUAAAGAAGACACCAGAAGAAGCCUACAGAGCACUGCUAUCUGGCUCAAAUCCCCCCUAUCUUCCCUUCAGGGAUGCUUCCUUUGGAAAUUGCACUUACAAUCUCACCAUCCUCGACUGUUUGCAGGGAAUCAGAAAGGGAUUACAACAUGGAUUUUUUGACUUUGAGACAUUUGAUGUGGAUGAAUAUGAACAUUAUGAGCGAGUUGAAAAUGGUGACUUCAACUGGAUUGUUCCAGGAAAAUUUUUAGCAUUUAGUGGACCACAUCCAAAAAGCAAAAUUGAAAAUGGCUAUCCUCUGCACGCCCCUGAAGCCUACUUUCCUUAUUUCAAAAAGCAUAACGUGACUGCAGUCGUGAGGCUGAACAAAAAGAUUUACGAGGCAAAGCGCUUCACAGACGCCGGCUUCGAACACUAUGACCUCUUCUUCAUAGACGGCAGCACGCCCAGUGACAACAUCGUGCGAAGGUUCCUGAACAUCUGCGAGAACACGGAUGGGGCGAUUGCGGUUCACUGCAAAGCUGGUCUUGGGAGAACAGGGACGUUGAUAGCCUGUUACGUCAUGAAACACUACAGGUUUACACACGCGGAAAUAAUUGCUUGGAUCAGAAUAUGUCGGCCAGGCUCCAUUAUAGGACCGCAGCAGCACUUCCUGGAAGAAAAACAAGCAUCGUUAUGGGUCCAAGGAGACAUUUUCCGAUCCAAACUGAAAAAUAGACCAUCCAAUGAAGGGAGUAUUAACAAAAUUCUUUCUAGCUUGGAUGAUAUGUCUAUUGGUGGAAACUUAUCUAAAACACAAAACGUGGAAAGAUUUGGAGAGAGUAACUUAGAAGAGGAUGAAGACGUGGAAAUGAAAAAUAGUAUAACCCAGGGAGACAAACUACGUGCCUUAAAAAGUCAGAGACAGCCACGCUCCUCACCAUCCUGUGCAUUUAGGUUGGAUGAUACGAAAGGGCACCCAAGAGCAGUGCCCCAGCCUUUCAGAUUGACUUCUUCCCCACAAGGAUCUGCAUCUACUUUGAAGACCUCAAAAGUGGCUCUGUCCCCCUCAGCGACGGCCAAGAGGAUAAACAGAAGUUCUUUGUCCUCAGGCGCCAGUGUAAGAAGCUUUUCCAUAAACUCCCGGCUAGCCAGUUCUCUAGGGAACUUGAACGCUGCAACAGAGGAGCCAGAGAACAAAAAGGCCUCCUCGUCCUCUAAGGCGGGUUUCGUAGCCAGCCCGUUCACCAACCUCUUGAAUGGCAGCUCCCAGCCGUCUGCCAGAAAUUACCCAGAGCUCAACAACAAUCAGUACAGCAGAAGCAACAGCACCAGCGGGAGCACCGUGAGCAGCCAGCCGAGCCCCCACGGCGCCGUCAAAGCAGAGGAGCACAGCCCCGUUCUUCGGCCCGCCUACCCCGGCCUCUCUUCUUCCUCAGCGAGAUUCCUGAGCCGUUCAAUCCCUAAAUGUGACUUUACUAAAAUAAGAGAAAAUACAUUUUAACCGAGCUUGCAUCAAUAUAAUUUUGGUGUUCAGAUGAACUGGAAACGUUCACGGAAUGGUUGGCUGAGUCAAGUAAGGUGUCAACAACCAUCUGUCAUCUAACAAAUGAGCUUUUUGUGAUUGUUGAAAAGCACAAUUAAGUUCACUCAGAAAAAAAAGAAUCUAUUGAAAGUUAGGUGGGAAGGUGAAAGAAUUUUUUAUAUAGCAUUUUAAUUAAACGAAAUUGGCUUGUUAAAUCUUGGGGUCCCUGAAAUGCUUAGAGAACGUUAUAGAAAAAUGUUACACCUCCUUCAAAGCAGAUUUUAUCAAAAUCCUUAGCCAAAAAAAUCUUAUGCAGCUAUGUUUCUCUACCAGUGUUAUUGGAGAAGUAUUAUUAUGCUAGCAAAUGCCAAACAUUCAGUCUUGUGAAACCAUAUUUGUGGAAAUGGUAUCAAUGAACACAUUUUGCGUGUCGUUAACAUACAAGCAAUACAAAAACUGGAAACUAUUGCAAAGCCAUAAAAGACCCCAGAGUAUAGAGGCAAUUAUAGAUAAACUUAUUAUUAAUCAAUGUUUAUUUUUUCCCCAGUUCAUUAAAAUUCAACACCAGAGUUUUAUUUAAAAUAAGAUACCAUAUUGCCAAAUGUGUGUUUUUUUUUUUUUAAUUAUCUAUGCCAUGAAAGCAAAUCACUUUUUAAGGUGCUUUUUGCUUCUGUAGUCAGAACUCAAACCAACAAUAACCAAGUAGACUACUUUCUCUUCCUUAAGGGACUCGGAAGAUGGGAAAAUACAGGAGAGGGAAAGUCAGUAUGGCAAAAGCGCGUGGCGAUUGAGAGUCAGGAUUUUGACCGAGUAUGAAACUAACAUUCCAGGUCCUAGGGUCUGUUGGUCUGAGUUAUGUGAACAGUAAGACACCAUUUCAUUAAUUUGCUGGCAAAGACCUUAAUUUUUCAUUAUUCUUUACAGUUUGCUGUUUUUGAUAGUCAACGUAUAGUUGUAUUUAGUAACCAUUUUACAGUAUUUAUACCUGUCGUCAUUAGACAUUUUUCUACCGUGAUUAGGUAACUGGGCUGUUUAAAAAAGAAACACCUCCAGAAUAGCUAAAUUUUUAAAGUCACUACCUACAUCUGCCAAAACAGAUUAGUAGCAAAUUUCCAGAACAGAACAAAUUGUCUUGAUCUCCUUACCUAACACUUUGUUUUAUGUCAAAUCUAACUGCUUUCAGGGAACAAGACUUCUUGAUGGAAGCUUAUAUUUUGACAUAAAAAUUUUGGGGGCUGCAAGUGUAAAGUAAUUUUAUCCUUAUUUUGCAGGCUGAAUAUUGCUGUAUUAUUACUUUUAUGGGAUUCACACUAUAAAAACACCAUAUAUUCAUGAUAAACUUGAUCUGGUCUUAACUCACUAUAACCCCGUUGAACUUACUGGCACAGAAACUUGAAUAUUCUGUUUGAGAAAUUAAAAUCUCUUGAUUAUACAAAUAAGUGCUACCUUGUAAAAUAAUAUUUAUACUUCAAGCACUGCUUCCUCCAUAACCGUAUCCAUUGUCAUUCCUGCAUUUAUUUUUUUAUUUCAGAUGCAUUAGGUAUUAGUUCUUAUGAUAGUGAUAAACAUUGGCCAAGCAGAAUUAAAACUUUCAUCAGAAUACUGAAGUGUGGGUGUUUUUAUAAAGGAAAUUUAUUUUUAGUAUUCCUGAAAAUUACUUUGGAUUAGGUCCUAUAAGGAUUUUUCAUUUUUAAAAUGUAUAUAUCUCCUUUAUGGUAUAAUAAAUAUUGCUUUCUUUUUUUUGUACUGUAAUAUUUCUUUCCUCAGGAUCACACCAUGCUUCAAGUUAUUUUUUUUUAAGUUUAUUUAUUUUGAGAAAGAAGUAGGGGAGGGAGAGAGAGAGGGGGAGAGAGAAUCCCAAGUGGGCUCCAAGCUGAGACAUGGGGCUCCAUGUCAUGAACCAUGGGGCUCAACCUACUGAGCCACCCAGGCACCCCUGCUUCAGGUUCUUGUUUGUGUUCAGGUGAUAGAGAAUGUCCGACUGAUUACGCAGUGAUCACAGGACAAAGGCUAGAAGUAUAUUGAGGUGUUAUACUAUGGUGGCUAAGCAUUUGGGCUUUGAGCCAGACUGCUUGAGUUAAAAUAUGAGCUCUUCCACUUCCUUGUUGUGUGACCUUGGGCAAAGUCCUUGACUGCUCUGUGCCUCAAUCUCCUAUCUGUAAAAUGAGUUGUCUGGAGUAUUUAAUGAGUUCAUACAUAUAAAAUGUUUAGAACUGUGCCUGGUAUAUAGGAAGUACUCAACAAAUAUCUAUCACAGAAUAAUUGACCUCUUCAGUAAUAUAUCUAGUUUAUUAAGAAUUCCAGAUAGUUGUACUUUAUUUCCUGAAUAAUAAAGUCAACAGCAGUAAUGAUAUUGGUUGUGGGAUACAAAAUACAUUUGCAUCUUUGCUAUAAAAAUUAGCAAUGCUAAUAAUGGGUUAUUGUGUUUUCUGGGAUAUUUAUUAGUAACUUUAGGAUACAGGUAACAGAUGAGCCAGAGACCCUCAGUACAAUGCCAUCAUGGAAACAUGUGAAAUCAAAAUGUUACUGUCAUCCCACAUAAUUGCUUCCCCAGUGAAAAAGCCUAGAAAUAUUAGUUAUGUUUUUUUUCAAGUGAAUAUGUCUUGUAGACUGUACCAGUUCUCUUUCUUCCCUAACUCCACUUCCAUUAAGAUUUUUGCUUUAGAUUGAAAAUGAAAGGAAGUUAAUUUGUUACAAAAUGCUGAUGUCAGACUAAUUUAUUAAGUCUCUUUACUGAUCUAUUAUUUCCUUUCACUUUCUUUAUACCGUACAAACAAACUGUGGAAGAACUUUUGUAUCUUAUUUUUAUCCCCCAGUGCCAAAUGUAUACUACUAAUGUUUAAUCAUUAUUUGUUGAAUGAAUUACCCAGCAUGACAGAAGGUCCAUUCUUCAGCCAACUCAUGUCUUUAUUUGUUUACAGAGGACUCAGAGCCAGUUGGGCAACAUUAAGUGAGCACAUGGUGGGGGGAGAGGGGGCGGGAUGGCAGAGGAAGCAAGAGGGAUUGUGCUAAACUGUAUCUGUAGGUUAGAUGAAACAGCAGCCAGAGUGAUGACCGCUGCUGUGUGUAAGGAAAGCUUCUGCCAGAGGUGAAUAUGAAUAUAUACUUCUAUGAAUGACAGAAAUCCCUAAAGUGAUUGUAGACUAUUUCUGUUUUCCAGUUCAGUGGGCAUCAUGAUUCCAUAAAAUAAGUAAAGAUAUGUACAUACACAUAUUUACCCCCUCCAUAUUGAUGCACAUAUGAAAUACUUUACCCUGAAAGAAAGUUAGUUUAACAAAGGUCACUUGCCUAGUAUCUGUUCAUUUGCUAUAUCUCUGUCUAUUGAGACUUGAUGGAACUUUAGGGUUGUUUGCAGAAACAACUUUGUUCUAAAUUUACAAACAAUCUGAGGAGCUAUAGAAGUACCAUUAGUGGUAACAUAAAUAACUUUUCUAACUGGAACAAAAGCAAAAUUUCAAUAUUACUACCAAAGCAUUGGCCAUUGUAUAGCAAGCAGGCUUGCCGCUGGGGAGGACCACCUGGCCCUGCUCUCUUGGCCUACUUGCCAGACUUCAAAAGAAACUGCGAAAAACAGCUGGAAAAAUAAUAGUCCACUUAAAAUUUUUUUUAAUGUUUAUUUACUUUUGAGAGAGAGAGAGAGAGAGAGAG